AAGUCCUUUGUCGCCUCAAGUAGUCCAAGCCGCCCAACAGCUCAUGGCUUUUCGUGCCUUCAGCUGCCGCUUUGCUCGCGCAGCUGGCAGCAAGCUGCGCAACGCAGCCCGACCUGCAUUGGCCAUUGCAGCUACCGGGUCGGUGGCCGGAUAUGUUUGGAGCAAGCCAAGCGCUUGUGAGGCAUCUCCUUUGGUUGACGUGUCGCGCUUGACCAAAGUGGCCAAGACGGAAGAUGUGGGUUUGUUGCCGCAGCCUACCAAACCAAAGUUCAAAACUGCACUUGUGCAGAUCUAUGUGCCAUCACAGCCGUUUGGUGGCUCUGACAAAAGCAACAGCGGUCACAGAUAUGACUCUAUACCCAUUGCCAACGGGAUGAUUGCAUCUGGCAUGAGCUGCCAGCUUAUCCACUAUGUCCCUGAGGACCAUGAUGCAUUCUUCAAAGUGAUGGAAGGCUUUGAUGCCGUGAUCGUGCGAUGCAAUCCAGGACAAAUCAAUGCAGCGGGCGGGGAUCAGAUGAAGUUCGACGAUGCAAUGCGAGCACUGCAAAAAAAGGGCAAGCAAGUCUGGCCAUCUCCGGAUGUGAUGACCAACAUGGGGGCCAAGGAUGCCCUGUGCAAGAUUGCCAACCUGUCCAUCGGGUUGCCCGACACUUUGGCCUAUUACACGCCCGAAGAGUUUGCAGCUGGCUUCAAGAAGACCAUGGCAUUUCAACCGCGUGUCAUCAAGCAAAACAGAGGUUCAUCUGGCGAAGGGAUUUGGAUUAUCAAACUCAAAUCAGGAAACUAUUGCAAGAAUUUCGGUGACCGGCUUUGCGGGGAUGAUGAAGUUUUGGAGAUGAUGGAGGCUUGCGACAACCAUUCCGAGACACAUACGGUGGCAGAGUUUGUUGAGUUCUGCGUCAAUGGUCGGACGGCCAAAUCGGGAAAAUGGGACACCAUUGGCACUGGCAAAUAUUUGGAGGGAGGAAAGGCUGCAGGAGGCCAAUUGGUCGACCAACGCUUUUGCCCCAGGAUUGUGGAAGGUGAAGUGCGAAUGAAUAUGAUUGGUGACACUUGCACUGGCAUCAUUCACAAGAAGCCCAAAGCUGGUGGUAUCAGUGCGGUGGGCGGCACCGGCUCAAUCUACACAUUCUAUUCUCCUGAUUGCGAAGAGUUCAAGCAGCUGUCCGAGGACUUUUUGAAGACUUCCAUCCCGACACUCAUGGAGAGUCUUGAUUUGAAGGGUGAGCCUUUGCCGCUUUGGUGGACUGGGGACUUCAUCAACUCUGAUCCUGGAAAGCCUGGCACCCCUUGCACCAUCGACAAAUGGAUCGUCGGUGAGUUUAAAUUGCUCGUGUGUUGGCAUAUCGAAAUGUCUCCCGGCAUAUUGCAACGCCGAGAAACCUAACGCCAGCGUUUUUGACAUCCCCGUGAAGGAUUGGAUAGAGGCGACAUACCUGGGCAAUUUGAUGGGUCAAAAGGCGCUAGCAAUUCUGGAGGGCCAAGGCGCCAAGAUGUCCACAGGAGCCACGAAAGUGCUGACCCGCAUUGAGGCUUUGCGUGGCGCAACCAAGGCCGGCGUUCUGAGCAGCGAGGAAGCAGGAGGCAUGCUGGACAAACUUUUCGAUGUCUGAAGAGGAUCCACUUGGGAGAAUUUGAAAGUUCCCAUAUUUCUCGCGGACGAUCGGUUCUACAUUUACGCAAAUGCACCGAUAAGAAAGAGAUGUAUUAAGUGACAAUGUAUGUUGAAUUUUGAAUUUCAUCCAGAAAGGCAAAUACGAUAAGGUUUCCCGAGCAAAUGACGGACAUAAUUAUUUAAGACCGCGAAGAUAAUAUAUCGUA